AUGCGGGCGGGGGCGUGGCCACGAGCCGCGCCCUCUCACAGGUCACGCCCCUUCCCGGUGACCGGCGGCGGCGGCGGCGGCGGCGGCAUGGCCGUGUGGACCCGGGCUUGUAAAACGGGGCUGCUGGAGCUGCUCCUGCGGGAACGCUGGGUCCGCGUGUCGGCGGAACUGACCGGAGAAACGCUGAGCUUAACGGCGGAACCGGGAACCGGCGAUCCGUCGGUGGUGAACGGCGUGGUGAACGGCAACGCGGAGGCGGCGGCACCCGGUGGCGUGAGGAGGGUGCGGGUGGUGAAAGCGGAGGCGGGAGGGCUCGGGAUCAGCAUUAAGGGAGGUCGGGAGAAUCGGAUGCCGGUGCUGAUCUCACGGAUCUUCCCGGGAUUGGCGGCGGAAAGGAGCGGGGCGCUCCGUUUAGGCGACGCCAUCCUCGCUGUUAACGGCGUCGAUCUCCGCGAUGCCACCCACGAUCAAGCUGUGCAGGCGCUGAAGAGAGCCGGGAGGGAGGUCAUCCUUGAAGUGAAGUUCAUGCGGGAGGUCACCCCCUACAUCAAGAAGCCAUCGCUGGUGUCAGACCUGCCGUGGGAGGGGGCGGCCCCACAGUCCCCCAGCCUGAGUGGCAGCGAGGACUCGGGGUCCCCUCAGCAUCAGGGCCCCCGUGACCGCAAGGUGAUCCCCCUCAAGAUGUGCUUCGCUGCCCGGAACCUCAGCAUGCCCGACCUGGAGAACAGGCUGAUCGAGCUGCACUCGCCGGACAGCCGGAACAUGCUGGUGCUGCGGUGCCGGGACACGGCCACAGCCCACGCCUGGUUCAGUGCCCUGCAUGCCAACAUCACCGCGCUGCUGCCUCAGGUCCUGGCUGAGCUCAAUGCCACCCUGGGCUCUGGCAGCCCCACGGCCGGUGGCCGGGAGGUGAAACACAUUGCCUGGCUGGCCGAGCAGGCACGCCUGGACGGCGGGCGGCAGCAGUGGCGGCCGGUGCUCAUGGCAGUGACAGAGAAGGACCUGCUGCUCUACGAUGGGAUGCCCUGGACCAGGGAUGCCUGGGCCUCACCCUGCCAUAGCUACCCACUGGUGACCACCAGGCUGGUCCACUCAGGCUCCGGGCGCCGCUCGCCCGCGCUGGGCUCGGAGCUGACGUUUGCCACGCGGACGGGCUCUCGCCAGGGCGUGGAGAUGCACGUGUUCCGCGUGGAGACCCACCGGGACCUGUCUGCCUGGACGCGUGUCCUGGUGCAGGGCUGCCACGCCGCUGCUGAGCUCAUCAAGGAGGUGACUGUGGGCUGCACGCUGGGUGGGCAGGAGGUCCAGCUCUCCAUCCACUACGAGGGCGGGUUCACCAUCUCCCGAGAUGAGCCCGGCUCCAGCGUCCUCUUCCGCUACCCCUACGAGCGGCUGAAGACGUCUGCGGAUGACGGCAUCAGGACCCUCUACCUGGAUUUUGGGGGCCCUGAGGGGGAGCUGGCGCUGGACCUGCACUCCUGCCCCAAGCCCAUCGUCUUCGUCCUGCACACCUUCCUCUCGGCCAAAGUCACCCGCAUGGGGUUGCUGGCAUAG